AUGGCGGGCUUCAUGAAGAAGCUGAGAAGCGCCAGCACUGGCGCUUCGACUGCUACGAAAGACCCCACACUCAAAUCUAAGAAGGACGAGCCGCCACAAGAAUUGACCCCGCUGGAGAAGCUGCUACAAAAUGCAGGGCCGGUACGGGGCGACGGAAGUGACAAGUUCUUUGGCCUUGAGAAUUUCGGCAACACAUGUUACUGUAACUCCAUCGUACAGGCGCUCUACUACUGCGAGACCUUCCGAACUAAUGUUGUGAGCUAUCCACCGCACACGCCCGUAGGGACACCGAAUGGACAACAGAGCCAAGUCAAGGUCACAAUCAGACCGCCGAUGAAUGGAAAUGCUACCACUCCGGCAAACAAGCAAAAACCGUUGACGGCCACUCAGGCCAUGAAGCAGAGACAACAGAUCAGUACUGGGCAAUUACCACCCGGGCAGCAAAAACCAGAGGACAGGCCAGAUUCCCCUGAAUACAAGAAAAAGCAGGCAAUGAUCAAGGGUCCAGUGUUAGAACUGGCACAGGAAAAUACCCAGGCUUAUGGUAUGGACGAAUGCACUUUUACGGGCCUGAAGGACAUUUUCACGGCUCUGAUCGAGAGCAACACCCGGACAGGCGUGCUCAGCCCUCAGCGGUUUCUCGAAAUUUUCAAGCGCGAUAACGAGAAUUUCCGAAAUCAGAAUCACCAGGACGCACACGAGUUCUAUGGCCUCGUGUUGAACGACGUUAUAUCAAGUGUGGAAGCCAAUGCGAUGCGGUUGCAGGAACUCGAGACGACAAAUGCAAAUGGAUACGCAAACUCGGUUGGAAAUGCUAUCGGAGCUUCAGCCGCACUGAUGAAGGCCCAGCAGGCCAUAGGGACGACUUCUCCCGGGACCGGCUGGGUCCACGAUAUUUUUGAAGGAGUUCUGACAUCAGAAACGAAGUGUCUAUCUUGCGAGACUACCUCACAACGAGACGAGACGUUCCUGGAUCUUUCAAUCGACCUCGAGGAGCAUUCAUCCGUGACAGCCUGCCUGAGGAAAUUCUCUGACGAGGAGAUGCUGUGUGAGCGGAACAAGUUUCAUUGCGACCAGUGCGGUGGUUUGCAGGAAGCUGAGAAGAGGAUGAAAAUCAAGAAGCUGCCAAAAGUAUUGGCUCUUCACCUGAAGCGAUUCAAGUACACGGAAGAUUUCACUCGGCUGCAGAAAUUGUUCCAUCGAGUGGUUUACCCGUAUCACUUGCGCAUGUUCAAUACCACAGAUGACGCGGAGGAUCCCGAUCGAUUAUACGAGCUAUACGCCGUCGUCGUGCAUAUAGGAGGAAACGCCUACCAUGGACAUUACGUAUCUAUCAUCAAAACGCCAGACCGAGGAUGGCUUUUGUUCGAUGAUGAGAUGGUAGAACCGGUGGAUAAGCAUUUCGUCCGGAAUUUCUUUGGUGAUAAGCCCGGUAUGGCUUGCGCAUACGUCCUAUUUUACCAAGAAACCACACAUGAGAAGGUCAUGGCAGAACAAGAAGCGGAAGGUCUCGAGGAAGUCCGGUUGGAGCGUGAAAAGGCCGACUUAGCACUGGACCGCGUGAAGUCGAAUGGUGAGCCAAAAUCACCACUGCUCAGGCAGCUCACCACGCCUAUCUCGCCGAUAGACGACAAGGACCACUUCGCUGUGCUGGACCAUGCAAUAACUGCACCUGGGGUCUUUGAUCACCCACCCCCAGUACCGCCUAUUCCGGAAAACAUUCCCGAGCCCGUACACACACAUCCGCUGAAUGCCGCACCGCCUCCAGCACCAGCCGUGGAACCCAAGACCCCUGUCACUCCUGCGCGGCCCUCAGAAGACAUCCACACGCCGAAACAAAUUAAGGAGGACAAGAAGCUCGAAAAGAAGGAGCUCAAGGCUGCCGAGAAGGCACGUAAAGUCGCCGAGAAAGAAGCAGCCAAAGAGGAAGAGAAGCGACGCAAGGAGAACGCCAAACGCAUCAUGGAGGCACGCAGAACUAACGAAGAGGAGCUGCAGAGAGCGCUGGCCGAGAGCAAAGCAGCGGCCGUGGAGGAAGAGAAAAAGCGCAGAAAGGAGGGCAAGGAUGUGGUUGCGUCGAGUCCUAUCGCCACCACCAACGCGAGCCCCAAGUUACUGAGCCGCGGGCACAGAGGGAGCAAAUCAUUGAGCCGCAAGUCUAUGGGCUGGCUGUCAGGGAGCUCCAAAGACAAGGACAAGGACAAGAACAAGGACGAGAAGAUCCAAAAGCAAGACAGUGGCCCGUCCGAGGGAGGCGACGCCAACGGCACCGAGGCCAGGCCCUCUUCCAACGCGGACCGGCCCGAAAAGCAUGCUCUCAAAGAGCGUUUCAGUAUCAGCGGCAUCGGGCGGAAAAAGAGCAAUGUGUUUUCGUAG